GGCUUCACAUCCGGUUAGAGCUCCCGGCCAAGAGUAGGGUCCUCCUUCUCCCUCCCCCCAUCCGCCUUGCCGCGCUUCUCCACGGCUUUUCCUCUUCGUUCCGCACCCGAGAAGGAUGAGCGGGAUUCCCUGCCGGCUCCGCUGCUUGGCCGGGUGGUGUGAGCGACGGCUUCAUCUCUUCCUUCUACCCCCCACCAACCUUGGCCACCUUCCCAGCUCUGGGAGCGUCGCCGACCUUAGGCGGCGGCCGUGGUCUUCGAGAGCGGAGAGCGCCAUGAACGUAUUUGACAGAAAGAUGAAAAGGCGGCAGAAAAACUGGGCGUCUUCCAUCCCCGGGAGUGGGAAAUAUGAUUAUCUGAAAGAGGAGAGGAAAAGAGGCCAUUCAGCCCCUCGCUUAUUCCUGACAUUCACUGGGAUCAGGACUGUUUUGUGCCUUAACUGCUUUACGUGGGCAUUAUUGGCACGAACCUUUCCUGUUGCAUUGGACGUUGGAUGUGGAAAAGGUUAUAUAGUAGAAAAUCUAAACAAGGACAUCGUUCAAAAACUCUUUCAAGUGGAUAUAGCAGAGAAUGUUUUGAAACACCCAAUUGAGACUGAGAUUCCCACCUAUCGUAUCUUAGCAGAUGAAGAGUUUCUUCCCUUCAAAGAAAAUACAUUUGACCUCAUUCUUAGCAGUUUAAGCUUGCAUUGGGUGAAUGACCUCCCUCGUGCAUUCAGACAGAUUCAUUAUUCAUUGAAACCAGAUGGAGUGUUCAUUGGUGCCAUGAUGGGAGGAGAAACCCUAUAUGAACUUCGUUGUUCUCUGCAGCUGGCAGAACUGGAGCGGGAAGGAGGGUUUGCACCUCAUAUAUCGCCAUUCACUGCUGUUACAGACUUGGGAAAUCUUUUGGAACAAGCAGGAUUUAACAUACUAACUGUGGACAUUGAUGAAAUCAUGGUGAACUAUCCUGGAAUCUUUGAAGUAAUGGAGGACUUGCAAGGUAUGGGAGAGAGCAAUUGUGCUUGGUGCAGGAAACCCUUGUUGCACAGGGACACAAUGCUGGCAGCUGCAGCAAUCUACAAAGAGAUGUAUGGAAAUGAUGAUGGGUCUGUGCCAGCAACGUUUCAGAUUCUGUACAUGAUUGGCUGGAAACCCCAUGAAUUACAGGCUAAGCCAGCACAGAGAGGUUCUGCAACAUUAUCAAUUGGUGAUCUGGGGAAAAUGUCUGAACCGAUAACAAAGAAGGAUAAAGAUUAUUAAACAGUUGUAAACAUUAAUCCUUUAUAUUUAAAUAGCAAUAGUAUGCCAAGCUUGGCUUGUAUAAAUGUAAAUAAUAAAGAAUGAUUAUGAUCAUUCUCAAAUUAGACAUUAAUUAUUUUAUUGCUGGGUCAGCCUUUGUUUCCUGGCCAAGAUGGAGGGCAGCUGAUUACUCCCUGUCUUUUGCCAAUGUUUUGGGAUGCUGGGAAGUACAAGAGGGCAGCCUUGUGUGACUUGUGCUCCAAUUAUUUUCUUCAGUCAUCACUUUCCCCGAUAAUACGACUGAAAACAGAUGUGCACUGGUUUGAAGGAAUUGAUGCCGUACCAUCCCAGAACACAUUAGAAUCAGAGAUGUGAAUUUACAUUCUCCUGUUUUCAUGGAAUGCACUAUUGAAGCACCAACACAUUGCUCCUUCAUGCCUGGCUUUUAGGAAUAUAGUAAUUACAAUGACAGAAGAUAAGUUUAUGCUGCAACAAGAUCAUCUCUGUUAAGAGGUUGCUUCAUUUAUUUGACCUGAAAUUGAAUAUUUUAAAAUGGAUUAUGUGUUUAAAACAUGUUUAGUUGCUUAUAGAAUGGUUACUGUAGAGAAGGAGGCCAUUUGGCUUGUUGAGUCCAUGCUGGCCCUCUGUGUGAACAAUUUAGUUAGUCCCACCCAAGGCCCUCUUCCUGUAGGCCUGCAACUUUUUUUCCCUUCAGAUGCUUAUCCAAUUCCCUUUUGAAAACCACAAAUUGAAUCUGCCUCCACCACAGUCUCGGGUAUUGUAUUCCAGAUCCUAAGUUUUUCUUUAAGUCACCUUUGGUUUUUUUACCAAACAUUUUAAAUCCGCAACCUUUGGUUCUCAAUCCUUCUGCCAAUGGGAACAGUUUCUGUCUUUCUACCCAGGCUAAAUCCCUCAUGCUUUCCCUGACAGCUCUAGUGAUUAGUGAGUAUCUGAGGCAUACAGAUUAGGAAACCAAUCUCUGCUUUAAAUUGGUCAAGUUAAGAUGAUAAUGAUCCCAGAAGUAGCUUCACCCUGUGUUUUUUUUUGCCAGGGAGGGGAAAAGUCACAGCUCAGUUCCUCAUCACUGUUCAGAAGCUCUUGCUGGAAUUGCACAUAAAUGGAUGUUGGGUGAGCACAGGUUUGGGUUUUGUUGUGAUGUCCCGUGAAAUUAUGACCUAAGUGAUUUGAGUCAUUACUUGUGUUAUAAUUUCCUGACACUUGUGCUCAACUCUACAGUUUCCCUUGUUGAAACAGUUUAAGUAUUGAUUAAAAGCAAUGAAGGUCAGACGUUUGCUGGAUUAGUGCCAGUUUUCACAUCACAGCCACUUAGAUUUAAAAAUAGAGGCAUUUAGUUGCUUUGUAACGAUUUGAAUUCUUGCUGUUAGAUUGUGUAAGUCACUUACAACUCUACUUUCAAACUCUCAACUGUUUACUCGUUGGCAUUCCAUUCACAAUACUUCUGUAACUGUCUAUCUCCUUAUCCUCCAGUUCUGAUGCCCUUGUUCUCAAGCAUUCUCUUUAAUCUCCCAUUCUGGCCAUUCCCCUGGUAUGGAUUUCAGCUUUGCAACCUCAAGUCCAAGGGACACAAUUUUGAGAACAUCUAUUUCAGCCAUCCAUCGUAGUGGGCACAUACUUAGGGCUAUAUAGUUACAUAGGGCUGGACCACAUGGUGCAUUAUCAGAUUUUGCUGUCCUCCCCUAAAACCACUCGAUGCUCCAGGAUCUUUCUGGGGCGCAAAGAUAAGCCUUAGCUUCUUUCCUCCACUACCACUGGUCUUUUUAAACUCCACUCCCCAUUCCUUCCACCCUCACCUCCAACAACAUGAACAAUGAGCUCGGGCAUUUCUUUGUUAUUGGGGGUAAAAAGAAAUGCUUCAAGAUUUAAAAAAAAAAGGAAUUAUCUGUAGUACUGGUUGUGGCCAUGUGGUACUGCAUCUAAGCUACCCUAUUCUGACUGGAAUUCUUCCAAGGAGAGAGCUCUGCGCAUUCAUGUGAAAAAUCCCUCUCCUGGAUGUUAAAUUUAAACUAAUACUUGUUUUGGAGAGUAAUUAGCACAGACUUGUUGCGGCUUAGAAGGAGGCCAUCCUGCACAUUCUUCCUUUUCAGAUUACAAUCUAAUUCCCUUUUGAAUACCUCAAUUGAACUUGCCUCCGAUACACUCUCAGGUAGUGCAUUUCAGACUUUAACCAGUGAAGAACAUUUUCCUCAUGUCGCCCCAGCUUCUUUUGCCAAUUAUUUUAAAUCUGUGCCCUCUUGCCCUGAUCUUUUCAUGAGUUGGAACAGUUCCUCCUAAUCUACACUGUCCAAAACCCUCAUGUUAUUGAAUACCUCUCUCAAAUCUCCUCUCAGCCUUCUUUUCUCCAAGGAAAGCUGUCCUAACUUCUCCAAUCUAGCUUCAUAACUGAAGUUCUUCAUCCCUGGAACCAUUCUGAUGAAUCUUUUCUGCACUCUCUCCAGUGCAUUCACAUUCUUCCUAAAGUGCAGUGCCUAGUACUGGGAAAUUAUUGGAAAGUUAACCUUAAUAUCUGCACUCCUGAAACAUUUAGAUUAGUUGCUGUAUUAACACAAUUAAAUUGUGCAAAGAAGAUUUUUUGUUUAUAUAUAAUUGUGAAUAAUUUUAAUGUAUCAUAUUUAUAACUAGUAAAUUAACACUCUUUAAUUAGCCUGUCACUACUUAUAGAAAAAGCAACUGAGGAUAAAGAUAACAAUCUGUAUACACUGACAUUUUGAUUGUGUUUAAUGUUGCUGUAUGUUGAAACUUGUAUCUUAAAUCGUUACAUCACUCCUUUUUGUAAGUUAUUCAUAGAAAAAUUAAAUUUGUAAAGCAA